AUGAGCCGCCCCCAUUUGCCCGCAAACCCGCGCGCAAAUGGCUUCUUCGACGGCGCGGGCCGCCGCCUCUGCGAGAUCGAGGAGGCGGCGGCCGCCGUAGCCGCCGCCGACCAGCCCUGGUCGGGCUCGCCGUCGCAGUCCACCUCCCCGUCCUCGGCCUCGUCGCUGCCCAUGUCCUCCUGCGGCCAGUACAUGCUGCACCGGGUCGGCAAGUUCGACACCCUCGCCGGCGUCGCCAUCAAGUACGGCGUCGAGGUAGCCGACAUCAAGAGGCUGAAUAGCCUCUCCACUGACCUCCAGAUGUUUGGCCACAAGACGCUGCGGAUUCCGCUCCCUGGAAGGCAUCCUCCCUCGCCUUUCCAGCACAACGGUUCAUACGACGGCGAUGACAGGGAAUGUACUCCACGGCGCCUUCAUGAAGAUCUACUGGAUUCAGUUUUGAGAACACCAAGACACAAAGUUUCACCAGCCAUGAGCCUUUUGCAGGGGUACUAUGGUCUCACACCACCUCCAAAGAGGGAUUCAACACACGAAGGAACUGAGAUGUCGAUGUAUGGGAAAGGCAAAUCAGUUUCCUUGGUUGACGGGCCAUGGUCUGCAGAGACACCAAAUCCUAACAAGUUCCUGUUUGAGCAUAGGAAUGCCAGAAGCCCAACAAUAGGUUCUGUUGUGAAUGGCGAGUCCGAGGAGAAUGGAGACAGCGAAAGGCCAGUAAGGCGGCACCAGAAAGCUGACGGGGAGUUGUUACUUAGGGAGGAAAAUGGCAGCGCUUUAUUGUCGAGGGCUGGGAAAGGGCUCGCGUUGAGGCCAAAGGCAGGCAGUCGAGCAGACAUGAACAAGAGCCAUCAGAACCUUAUUGCUAUGAUGGAGCCUUCGUUCGACGACGGGCUUCAAACCGUGAAGAAAUCGUCGAGCACGCCCGAGUUCCAAGAGCCAGAGAGCAACAACAGCAGCUCCUCCUCCAUAUGGUCAGCGAGCAAGUGGAGCCUAAAACCGGACGGUUUCACCCUCCCUCUUUUUGACAGCAUUCCGAAGCCAAUCUCUGCUUGGAAAAACAAGGCGGCCCGAGAUUAGCAGUCUUGUCCAUCUCUUGGCUGCCCACCUGAUUCUUCCCCUGAUCUCUGGCAACUGGCAUGUAUUGCCCACGAGGAGCUUGAGCUCAGGUCGGCGCCGGUCCUCCCAGCUACGGAAGUAGGGCAGGACCUUGAUUGGUUCCUCCUGGGUAGCCAUGACACAGAAGAUGAGGGCACCCAGUCUUCCACGAUGCAGAGACGAUGCUGAGGUCAGUGUCCGAUUUGCAUGGUUUGUCAUGCUGUAUAUUGGAGGUGCUGCACCUACACCGGGUAGAGGCGUUACCAAUUCUUCACAUAAAUUAUAGAUGACACAGAGCCUUGGGUAUUCACGGGUAUUCUUUUGUACACAUUGGAGAUAAUGUAGGAUCAAUAGGCAGACUAUAUGUUGUAUGUGUGGUUCCAUACACUAAUAUAGAGAGAUUGGU